AUGGAACAAAAGUUAGGCGGCGCUACCCGGUCCCGCCAUCGCCAGUACCACCACCACCACCACGGUAGAUCCCCCUCCGCGGACAGAUUCCUCGGAAUAUUCCAAUCCCCGAUCACCACAUCCUCUACACCCUCUUUCGAGCUCACUGAAGAUGAAAUCUUCGACAUCCUCUCUGAGUCCUCCUCCCCGACUUCGGUUCCGAGCCCUAAAUCGAAAAAUCAAGUUCAUCAUAGUAAUUUUGGCAUCUUAGCAGCUUUACCCGGUGGAACUGGCGAUUUCAAAACCCGACCCGACCAUGAAACCGUAGCGGUUUUCAACCACAAGGCAUCCACCUCCGCGUCACUUGCCUCCUCGGCAUCUUCUUCUUAUGCCUCGUCAUCCUCGUUUCGAAUUAUGAUCCCCUCAAUUCCGAAAAGGCCCACGCCCGUGGCGGAUAAGAUGCGGGUUUAUCAUCAUUCAGCACCAGUGAAUAUUCCAAUACUACCGGCGGCAAUGCAGAGGAGUCGAAAUGAGUUUUUCAAUGUGGUUGAUGACGUUGAGGACGAGGAGGGGAAGGGGGAGGUUGUUCCGCCACACGAGAUGGUAGCAGCCACGCAUCCCAUAUUGGCGUGCUCGGUCCUCGAGGGUGCUGGUCGGACAUUGAAAGGACGAGAUCUGAGGCAGGUGCGCAAUGCUGUUUGGCGAAAGACAGGUUUCACUGACUAA